ACACAAAUACUUUAGUUGUUCUAAACCAUUCUACAAACCAAGUUGAACUAAACAACAUGUGAACCCCUUUCACCCUCCUUCAGCACAGUUUUCAAUUUGGGCAUUAGUGAGUGAAUAUAAAGUGGUAAAAACACACAACACAAUGGUGUUAACAGCUUUUAGGGUAAUCUUAGUACCCCUGGUUCUAGUCUCAUCCUCACUCAACACAUCAGAUUUGGUGCGCGUAAGACGAGACGAUAACACAGUAGAAGGUGGUGCAGUACAUGAUGAUAGAAAAGUGGUUUGUUAUUAUGCCAACUGGGCAGUGUACAGACAAGGUGACGCCAAGUUUACGCCUCAGAAUAUAAAUCCCUACCUUUGUACGCAUUUAAUCUACGCAUUCGGAGGGCUUGGCAAAGAUGACACUAUUCAACCUUUUGAUAGUUAUCAAGAUAUUGAAAAGGGUGGAUAUGGAAGCUUUGCCGCGUUGAAGACUUACAACAAGGAAUUGAAGACGAUGCUCGCCAUCGGAGGAUGGAACGAGGGGAGUACCAGGUUCAGUCCUCUAGUAGAGGACCAGGACAGGAGGAGGACGUUCAUCAGAUCUGCCAUUACAUUCCUUCGUCGCUACAACUUCGAUGGACUUGAUUUUGACUGGGAGUAUCCAACCCUGAGACAGGGGGGUAGACCACAGGACAGGGAUAACUAUGCUCUUCUAGUCAAGGAAAUGCGGGAAGCAUUUGAGAAAGAAUCUGCUACAACCGGUUCUCCCCGUCUGCUCAUCUCUAUGGCUGUACCGGCCAGCCUAGAGUAUGCCGGUCAGGGAUAUGAUAUCGAGAACUUGAAUCAAAAUCUAGAUUUUUUCAACCUUCUUACUUAUGAUUAUCAUUCAGCUCAGGAACCAGCAGUUAAUCAUCAUUCACCACUUUUAAGGCCUGACAAUUGGUCGGAAUUCGAUUUUAGACGAGAUCUUAAUAUUGAUUCUACAAUCAAAUUCUAUAUUGAACAUGGAGCAAGCCGGCAUAAAUUGGUGCUUGGUAUCCCAACUUAUGGAAGAUCUUACACCUUGGCAAACCCAGAUGCUCAUGAGAUUGGAAGUCCUACAACAGGCCCAGGGAAACAGGGUCCUGGAACUAAAGAGGAUGGAUAUCUGGCCUACUAUGAGAUAUGCGUAAACAUUAUUGAAGAUGGAUGGAGUAUAGGGAAUCCGUAUCCUGGUGUUAUGGGACCUUAUGCACACAAGGGCGAUCAAUGGGUUGGAUUCGACAACGUUGAUAUAGCAGUUGAGAAAGCGUUCUACGCCGCUGAAGAGGGGUUGGGAGGAAUUAUGUUCUGGACUAUAGAUAAUGACGACUUUAGAGGAACCUGCAGUAAGACACCGUAUCCUCUGAUAGAGUCUGCUAAGGAAGCCAUGUUCAGCAUCAAAUCUGACAUAAAGACGUAAUCUGUAUCUGUCAGUACAAGUGAACAGACAAGUAGAACCAGGUUAAGGUUGACCCAGGAAGAACUAGCUGUUCUAAACAAAAGUUCGGAGAAAGGUUCUAAAACAGCCAAAUCCUUGAACCGUCCUCCACCCCCUCCACCUAGUAUAGGAGCAGGAGGAACUCCUUCAACAUCAACCACACCAGCUCCACCAACAACACCUAGUUCAGGACCAGCAUUCGAAUGUAAGGGUGAAGGCUUCCAACCCCACACUACAUCCUGUAAGAAAUAUUAUUGGUGUCUUGAUACACCAAGCCAAGGAUUGGUUGCACAUACAUUUACCUGCCCCAGAGGUCUGUUCUUCAAUAGUAUCACAGACGGUUGUGAUUUCCGGCGUAAUGUAGAGUGCGGAGAGAAGGAAGAUAUUGAAACCGAACCCGACCAGGAAGCUAUUGAUGAUCAGAAUACUGUUGGAGCAGAACAGAGUCCAGCAAAUGAUGUCGAUGAUGAUUCUGUUGAAGAUCCUAAAUCUCUGAGGGAUAUCCUGGAACUAGUGAAAGCAGCAGGAGGAGUAGAAGGAUUAGAAAGACAGAUUCAAGAAGAAAUGGAUCAGAAAGUAGAAGAGGAGGAGAGAAGAGUCAGGAUCUCCAGUAAGACCAGAAAUAGGUUGACUCAACUACUGAACAGAGGGAAACAGGAUUUAGCAAGUGAAUCUGAACCUGAAAGUGAUGGCAGUCCCGUAAGUAGCCCGCCCUCUACCCCUACACCUGCCCGCCCAUCCUUCCUCUCUAGGCUGGCCAGUAAGAGGCGUACUCUCCCUACAUUAACGCCCACUGUAGUUCCAGUUCCUGCGAGUCCUGAAUCCAAUCCUACUCCUGAAUCUGAUCCUAACCUUGAAUCUAAUCCUAACCGUGAAUCUGAUCCUACUCCUGAAUCUGAUCCUACUCCUGAAUCUGAUCCUACUCCUGAAUCUGAUCCUACUCCUGAAUCCAAUCCUUCUCUUAGUCCUACUGAAUCAACUACUGCUGGUAGAUUAAGCCUAUUCCGAACUAGAUCUAGGUUCCGUCCUCAACUAUCCUCUGAUAGAGAAACUACUACAACCUCUACCCAGUCUCCCGUAACCAUCCAGAACCUGAGAUCCAGGUUCAGGUUCCAAUCCAGAUCAAACUCUUUAUUCAACCGUCCUUCCUCCUCAACUCAAUCUCCUGAAAUUCCUGAAACUCCUAAAAUCCUAGAAACCACAGAAUCUCCUGAAUCUCCAGUUACUCCUGAAUCCCUUGAAACUCAUGUCUCCACAGGUCUACCAGACACAGAAUCAGACGAGGGUGGAGAUAAGAUCCAGAUAAUUGGAGCACAUGUUGAAGAGGAGGAAGAGGAACCACAAUCCCUCCGACCUGGAGUUUUUAAACCAAAGGAGGGUGUCCGAGAGCGCCUUCGUGAGACCCUGCAGUCCGUUCUAGUGGACGAACAGCAGAGACGAGCAGAGGAUAGAGUAGAGGAUAGAGAGGACGAAUCAGGAACUGUUAAACCCUUUUCAACCCCAACUAUUUCAAAGAACACCAGAUUGGACGAUGCACUGAAGAGUAGGACUCAUCCUAGUAGAGUAGUUGGACACAGACAAACAGAGGACAAUAUUGAGGACAACAGUUACUUCACAGAGAGUUUAACGUUGAGUAGAGAGGUAUCGUAUCUACGUAGUUUACCUCUCGAUGAAGAGGUGACAUCACAAAUACCUCUAAACAGAGGGCUUCCACCUUCUGCUUUAAAUAUCGCGAACCAACGCCAAAGGGCCCGUAAACUUGAAUAUCAAGAAUUAGACAGGAAACCUUUAAAUAACCCUAGUAUUGGGUCCAGGAGACCAUAUGUAACAGUUGAUAGAAUACGAGCAACCAGUCCACGGUCUGAUGAAACAGAUCUAGGAGAACUAAACUUGGACCCCGAGCAGGGUCUAGAUGAAGAGAACCAGGUUGGUCAGCAUGCUCUAGACGAUCUAGAUAAUCUAGAUCUUCACAUUCAUAAACUAAGAAGAUUUUCUCGUUUGAAAAGAGAUCUUAAUAUUAUUUAUCCAAGUAAUUCCCCCUCAUUCUUCUCAUCCCAAUCCUCCCCCUCCUCCUCCUCCUCCUCCUCAUCUUCAUUCUCUUCUCCCUACUCAUCCUAUUCUCCUUCUUCUCCAUAUUCGCAAUCUACUCCAUUCCUUUCCUCUCCCACUCCUAUCCCUGAACUAUCUAAUCCUGAACUCCUGAAUGAAAUAUCCUAUGUGUAUCCUGAAUCCUAUUCUGUCCAAGAUAAUCCAAUCCAACGCCUCUCCUCUACAGCCCUUCAAACUAUUCCUACGUUCUCUGAAGAAUCCGUCAGCUCUGAUCCUACUCCUGAAACCUUGAAUCCUGUAGAUCCUUCCCUAGAACCAGUAGAUCCUACACUGCAUCCUGUAGACAUUACACUAGAUACUAUAGAUCCCAUAGACAAUAGUAAUCCUUUCGAUCCUACUCUUGAUCCAGUAUUUUCCUCCCAACCUGAUGAAAUACAAGAAAUAUUUGCUCGUUCAUCAAAUGUUCCUGAAUCUACAAGUACACCUGAAACUGCCAACACAGAGGCGGAUGAGUAUGAUUAUGAGAAUUGGUCUGUAGUUGUCAAUGUUAUCAAAUCCGUCUCUGACUCUGCCACUAGUGUGACCCUCAGCUCCGACUCUAUUGAGUACAAAACUCUAAGCUCUGAUCCUACUGAUGAAAGUACCUGGAGUAAGUUUGAUAAUGACACAGCUGCUACUCUUGUAACUGAAGUAUAUUCUCCGGCAACAGAAUCAUCUUCAGAAACUGCAACAAUACCCUUCAUUGCUCCACAGGAAGAAGAAACAACCCAGCAAGUUGAUGAGAAGGAAGAAACUGUUUCUGAAAUCAACCUGUUCCCGGCUAGAACUAGGUUUGGUGAGAAGCGUCCAGGAUUUUUUAAUCUUCAGCAUCAUGCCGAGUCUCCUGAAAUCAAGAACAAAACUUUAUCCAAACCUAUUCAUCCAUUUUUUAACCAAAUACGGAGCUCCAGCCAUAAUCCAAGAAAUAUAUCCAAAUUCUUUAAUUCAACAACAAUCUCUCCUUUUACUCUUGGAUCUUCUUCAACAUCAACAUCCUUAGCUCCAUCAACAGCAACAUCAAGAGCUUCUCUGUUUGGACGGCUCAGCAGAAACAGAUUUAAUCCCUUUUCCACCAGCGGGGAAAACAGUUCUCCAGUAACUGAAGAAAGCACUGAGUUGAUUGAAGCAAGUGAAGAAACUGAACCUGACAAUUUAAUCGAACCAUCAACUGAAUCUCCUGCUCCUAAUACAACACCAGCAACUACUGAUAGAGAGGAAACCAAAUCUAAACUUUUGAAAAAUCUUAAAUCAAGGCUUAGCAACUUAAAGCGCCCCAGACCUUUCAGUAGAAACAGCAUAACUCAAACAAAAGAGAAAGAAGAAGAAGGUGAAAAGGAGAAUUCUGAAGAUAUAACAGAAAAGGAAAAUGAUAUAACUGAAGAGGUGGAUGAAGAGGAAGAUAGUGCAGAUUUAAAUACUAUUGAAGAUUUAGUUGAUAAACCUAAACCUAGUUCUGUUACAAGCCUACUCCGGAGACCGAGCUUUAUCCGUCCCACUCUGAAUUCCCUGACCCCACAAGAGUUUAAAGUUCCUGUUUCCUCUCCUGUUGAAAAGCCUAGACCAAAGCGGCUUCCUGCCCCAUUUUCAGGGUCACGCAGUUCUUUAUUUAGCAACAGAUUCAAGAGUCGUCCAGAGAUUACAUCAGAACCUGUGAGAGCUGAACCUAUUAUUACUGAACUUACCCAAGAUGACACCAAUGAUCGAAAUUUAGAUAAACAAUCGGUCGGAGACUUGAUUGCACAGUUAAACCAAGAUGAGAAUAUUGAUGAAUCUUCAGCUACUCUCAGACCCAGAGCGUUUAAACCUAAAUCUGGUGUGAGUAACAAGAUUAGAGAAAAGCUUCAGGCUGAACUAUCCAAGGAUGAAGAUGAUGAAAACCUAAACGAAGAAGAUAUGGAAGAAGAAGAUAAGGAAAUAUUGACAGUUCAAUCAUCCACAGAAGCUGAAACAUCAGGAAGAGUUCUACAUGCAAGACGGAGAGUUUUCUCUAGAUUAGAGAGUUCUUCUACAUCUCCUCCGCCAGUGUUCAACUCUGCAAUUUCAAGAUUUAGAACUCGGCAAAGAUUACAAUCUUCGAAGUUGUCCCCUUCCUCCUCCUCAUCCUCUUCCUCUCCAGCUCCAGUAGUUAGUUCUCAGACUAGUAUUACUGACACUACUGAGGAGAUUUUAUAUUCUACAGAUAUUCUUGAUAUAUUUGACCAGACCAUAGACACUACUGAGGUUCAGGAGACUACUGUAGAUACAAUGCAUGUUGGGGAUAUUGAUUCUCUUAUUACAACCAUAACUUCCUUUCAGGUUUCAGAUUCUCAGGACUCAGUGAUGGAGCUGAGCACUGAUCCUUCUCCAACUUUAUCUCAGGUUCUGGUUCUAGUCACUCAAUCUACUCUCACCACAGAUGAAGAUGCAACUACUGCUCCAGGUGUUGAGUCUACUCCUGAUACAAUGGAACCCAUUCCAUUCACAGCACCAGCAUUUCUUCCUACUGUAGAUCAAACAGUGUUUCUACCUACCCUGAGUAGAGAUUCAGAACCUAGUUCUUCAGUUUCUAGUUCAAUUACUACAUCUGAGACGAUAUCAACUUCAACCCAACCUUCAAGGUCAAGGUCCAGGGCUCAGGUUCGUGGAAAUCUUCGUACAGUUCAAGCAAACAAUAUUCAGACUGGUGAUCAACCUAGACAGGAUGAAGCAUCUGAAAUUCGUACUCCUGUGAGGUUUAGAGCAAGGGUAAGAACACAGCCUAUCUCAGGGUCCACAGAGAACACUGAAAACACAGAACUGUCUGAAGUUCCCAGAUCAUCUGGAACUUCUUCUCAUUCACCAAGAAGAUUCAUUUCCCGGACUAAUAGUUUUGAUUCUACUCCUGAAUUCAAAUCUGGGAGGAAACGGCUGAACCAGAACCUGAAAGUGAGAGGAAGAGGGAGAUCAACAGCAGCUCCGGAGCUUCUUGAAACUACCCCUCCUGAAGUUGAACCUGAGCUUAAGAAUAUUGAAGAACCUGUUGUAAAGCCUGCCGGAGGUAAAGGUAAGGUUGGAAAGGAUGUAGUUAGUACUGCUGUGGAAAAUAUAUAUACAGGGGAACUGCAAGUAGAUAGUCCUGUAACAGUAGUUAGUACAGAUCAGGAAUUGGAUUCAGAUGUAUCAACUUCUGGAACAAGAGGGUUUACACCUAAAUUCGGAGAUGCGACUAGAAAUAAACUGAGAGAAAAACUUCUCCAGGAGCUCAACAAAACAAGGGAGUUCGGAGCUAAAGAGGGGUCAACAGAGAUGCCUCUAAACAAAGCGGAGGAGGACGAAUACAGGUUUAUAGAUGAGGUAAAUGAUCAGCCUAGAGAAGAACGAAAAGGAGGUUUCCGCCCCACUCCUCAUUCUAUACUUAGACCUAGAGCUCACAAGAGACCUGACCUAGAUUUCUCCAGAUCUGAAGACUACCAGGAUCCAAGAUUAAAGCGUCAAAACGAUGAUCUUUUUGUGACGGAAGCAAGUUUUUCUUCUCUAAGACGAGCCGGACGCAGCACCCUGGGGAGUCAGGGGUUUACAGAGAAUCCUUUGAAACUUCAGGAUCUAGAGGAAUCAUCGAUUACUUCUCUCAUUCAAGAUAAGGACUAUAAUCCAACUGGAAUUAAACCUUUCCUAUUGAGAGGAGGGAAGGGAGAACGAAACCUCUUUCCUUCAAGAUAUUCAGAGGAAACUGAACACAUAGAAAAAUCGUCGAAACCUGAUAUUUAUCUAAAAUUCAACUCCGUCCCACAAAAAGAGUCUUUAUUAAAAACCAAACCGUUCAAGAAGUUUAAUCCCAAACUUGAGUUUGGAAGUAAAAUGUUGAAACAAUUGGUUGAGUCCGGAUCAGGUCAAGUUCUACCAGGAGACAAGUUAUCAGACGAAGAAGAAGAAAACGUGUCAGGGUUCCUUCCAACCCUACCCAGUAAUACAGAAAACAGAGAUAUUUCGACAUCACAGCCCAACAUACAGACACCAGAUGAAACAGACAUACAAACAACUACGAGCAGAGAUAUCCAAACAACAACAUUUAAAGACCUAGAGACAACAUUACCAACUGAGAAUAGUAUAGAGUAUGAAGAUAAUGAUGAUGUCGAUGUUGAUAAUAAUGAUGAGAAUACUCCAGACUCUGUAGUUAUCUCGACUACAGUAUCUGCCCCUGUAUCUCGAGGUCCCCAGUCCCCCCAGCUUCCAACUAGAUCUAGAGAUAGAUCAUUCUUCUCUAGGAACCAGGCCAGGAGAAGACCAGACUCCAGGGUUGAAACCUCUACUCAGGAAACUAGACAAGCGGAGCCUAGAAGAGAGGAACCUAGGAGACUGGAAGGGUUUCAGAUAAUUCCAACGAACGGGUUGGACGAGGUUAGGUUGGGUCAACAAGAGAAGGAGGAGGAGCUUACCCCAGAGCAAGUCUUGUUCAGGGUGGUUCAGGAGAACUUGAGAAACCCUGAACCUGCUCUGGAGAUACCUAGUGGAAGAAGUAGGAGUCGAGCUGAGACGUCUACUCGGAUACCAGUUCUUAAUAUCGCUGAACCUCGUCCUUCUCUAGAUACAUUCCCAGUACAGGAGACAGCCUUUGCUCCGGUAGCACCCAACACAAGAUCCAAACCAAGGUUGAGAGGAUCAACUAGGGGUGAGUUCGGAGAUGUAGAACGUGUAGUUCCUACUCCAGGUGGUACAGGAGAGUCUGAGUAUGAGUACUACUACGACUAUAUAGAUGAUGGAGAAGAGUCUGGCCAUAAUACUGAUUAUGAUCUGGUUCCUUUAUCUAACAAGGUUCGAAUACUAGAUGACGGAUCUCCACAUUGUCUUGAUGUUGGAGUUUUCCCUCAUCCUUUCUCCUGUAAACAGUUUAUUAAUUGCUUCAGAAACCCUGGUACAGGAAUAGUAGGUUCCGUGUACAAGUGUCCAAGUUAUCUAGCUUUUGAUCCAGUUGGAGGAAGAUGUAACUGGGUUUCAGAGAUAGUCUGCUCAUCAAAAUCUGGUUAAACGAAUGUGCAAAAACAUGUAUGUACAAUUCUGCUGCGUUGUACACUGUUCGUUGGGACAGUGCACAGUGCAUAGCGUAGAGUGUACACUGUCCACUGGUACAGUCUACCCUGCAUAGUACAUGUCUGCUACAAUUUUCUUCAAGACAAAGACACGACUAAACGUGAAGUUUAGAUUUUUCUUAAAAACUAACAAUCUUAUAAAUUGAAUCAAAUAGUAAUUAAUUUUGCCUAAAAUCAUACCUUAUAAUUUGACCAAGUACCCCCCCCCUCUCUUUAUAAAUUAGUGCCAUGUUUGGUUAAUUUUAACCCCAACUGCACUGGUCUUUAUUAUGUACAAAAGUAUAAUUACCUUAAUUUUGUAACAGAGGGAACAAAAAAAAAACUCAUCAAAAUUGUUAAUUUUAAUCAUUGGACAGGGUGAAUGAAAACUUUUCAUAUUAAAAGUAAAUUUCCAUAUUGUGUUAUUAUAUUGUUUAUAAAGCUCCUUAUUGUUUAUGUACUGCAUGUGCUGUACAACUGUAUUAUUGUACUUUUAAAAAUCUUUAAAAUACAAAACCUUUUCAACGAUGUAAAUAAAAAAUCGGGUUUACAAAUUGUUUAAAAUUCGGGUUUGUUAAGAAAAUUUUGUCAUAAAAUUUCAAAAAAAGGUUUUGACCAAUCAUCAAUCAAUACUCUCUUAAUUUUUCGGUAACAUGUAUGUUCUAUAUUAUACCGGAUUUAUUUACAUCCUUGGCAUAUAUUUUUAAACCUAAUCUGUAUCAAAUUUCCUCUAUGUAUUGUUGUGAUGUCUGAAAUAUCUCUCAUUAUUAAACAGAAUUAUUUUAAAAAUAAAUCUAGUCAAUGUU